AACAGCUGAAAGAAAAGUCGGGUGGAUAGAACUGUUUCACGGUUAAAGAAAGUACAGAUGAAUGGAGAAAUGGACUCGUCCACUAAAGACCAAGUGUGGACGCAGGACGACCUUCUGAAUCUGCUGGAGGCCAUGAAAGUAAAUCUUCCCCAGAAGGACCUGGCCAAGUACAAGACGUCGGAGUCCCAUCUGGACUGGGAGAAGGUGGCCUUCAACUCAUUCACAGGAGAGAUGUGCAAACAGAAGUGGAACGAGGUCUCCAAAGUGAUCCGUAAAUUUCGCACAUUAACAGAGCUGAUUUUUGAUGCCCAAGACUUCAUCAAGAACCCUUAUAAGGGCAAGAAGCUGAAGAAGCAUCCAGAUUUCCCUAAAAAGCCCCUGACGCCAUAUUUCCGCUUCUUCAUUGAGAAGAGGGCCAAGUAUGCCAAGCUGCACCCUGAGAUGAGCAACCUAGACCUCACCAAGAUCCUCUCCAUGAAGUACAGAGGGCUGCCUGACAAAAAGAAGAAAAAAUAUCUAGAAGACUUCCAGAAAGACAAAGAAACGUUUGGGCACAGCAUGUCAAAGUUCAGGGAGGACCAUCCCGACCUGGUGGAGAGCAUGGCAAAGAAAGGUUCUAAUGUGCCAGAGAAACCCAGGACGCCUCAGCAGCUAUGGUACAGUCACGAGAAGAAGGCCUUCCUCAAAACACACGCAGAUGCGACCACCAAAGACAUUAAAGACAGUCUUGGGAAGCAGUGGACACAGCUGUCAGACAAAAAGAGACUCAAGUGGAUUGCCAAGUCCCUGGAGAUGCACAAAGCAUAUGAGGAGGUGAUGAAGGGCUUCAUUGAGACUCACCCAGAGCUCAACAUGAGCAACGAGGACAUCGUCAAGUCCACCCUCACCAAGGCUGAGAGACAUCUGAAGGACAAAUCUGAUGGCAGGCCAGACAAACCACCCCCGAAUGGUUACUCCAUGUUCUGUGCUGAGUUGAUGUCCAGUAUGAAGGAUGUGCCCAGUACAGAGCGCAUGGUCAUGUGCAGCCAGCAGUGGAAGCUGCUGAAACAGAACGAGAAGGACGGCUACCAGAAACGCUGCGAGCAGAGAAAGAAAGAAUACGAAGUCGAGAUGAACCGGUUUCUUUGUAGUAUAUCAGAGGAGGAGCAGCAGCGUGUGCUGGGGGAGCAGAAGAUGAUUGGCUUUAAGAAGGGCAGCGGGGGCAGCAAAAAGAAGAGCAGAGCAAAGCCUAGCCCAGAGAAGCCCAAAAGGCCCAUCUCGGCCAUGUUCAUCUUCUCUGAAGAGAAACGACCCAAGCUGCAGCAAGAGCGACCAGACCUGUCUGACAGUGAGCUCACCAGGCUGCUGGCACGCAUGUGGAACGAGCUCUCAGAUAAGAAGAAGGAGAAGUACAAGCGUCUUGAGACGGUCCUGAAGGCAGAGUCUGUGAAGAAGGGACAAGAGGAGCGCAGCCGGCUGCCAGACACCCCCAAGACUGCACAGGACAUCUGGCAGCAGAGUGUCAUAGGAGACUACCUGGCCAGGUUCAAGAACGACCGGCCAAAAGCCCAGAAAGCCAUGGAAGCCACUUGGAACACCAUGGAGAAGAAGGAGAAGAUCAUGUGGAUUAAGAAGGCAGCUGAGGACCAGAAACGAUACGAGAGGGAGCUGAGUGAGAUGCGCUCUCCUGCAACCAUCAUUGCCUCAGGGAAGAAGAUGAAAUUUGACGGUGAACCCAAGAAAAACCCCAUCGUGAGUGUAUUUCUGAUGGAGAAUGGCUACCAGAAGUUCUCUCAGGAGAUGCUGUCCAACGGAGAGCUGAACCACCUCCCUAUGAAGGAGCGCAUGGGGGAGAUCGGGGGCCGCUGGCAGAGGCAGCCCCAGAAGGAGAAGGACCGCUACAAAAAGAUAGCUGAGGAGAAACAGAAGCUGUACAAAGUAGAGCUGGAGCGGUGGCUGGCGAGCUUGUCCUCACAAGAAAGAAAUGUGUACAAGGAGUACAACUCACAAAAAAGAAAAACCCCAGUGAAACCAGGAGGCACUGCAGCCAAAGUUAAGGCCAAGGUAACCAAGAAGUCUGACACAGAGGAUGAAGAUGAUGAUGACGAGGAGGAAGAGAAGGAGGCUGCCUCAUCAGAUAACGAUUCUUCCAGUGCAGAGGACAGUGAGGAGGAAGAUGAUGAUGAUGAUGAUAAUGAGGAAGACGACGAUGAUGACGAUGAUGAUGAGGCGGAGGAUAAAGAGAACAAGUCAGAGGGGAGUAGUAGCAGCAGUGAUUCGAGCUCAGUGGAGACAUCGGACUCUGAUUCAGACUGAAACUGGUCCAUGGUGACCCAAGAGAGACUGAGCAGCGCUGAGCCAAGAGUUCAGGGAGCGCUGCCACUGUGCUGGCCCUGCUCUCCUCACAACCCACCACCAGAGGGAGCCCCUGCCCCACCAUGUCCAUUUCUCACUCGCUUUCUCUCUUCUGUGUUUCUUCAUUGCUGUUCUGUACAAGGAGGGUGAAGACCCUAACACCACCACAUGUCCUUCAUCUGUUAUUCCUCCAACCCUGCCUUGACCU